CCCCAACCUUGUCCGGUCGGCUAUAGCCUCUCCCACCUUCCGCCGCCGCCUAAGGGAAGCCGGAACGACGGGGGUCACGGUGGGGGUCAGAGGGUAAAGGUCUUGCUCCCAGCAGCCUCCGCGGUGGAUACGUCGCCAUCUUGGAUCCGCGGGACAAGAAAAUUCAUGCGGAUCCAUAGUGUGGAGCCAGGUACUGUGAGGAAAGGACACGACUCUAUGGUGAGGACUGAUGGACAUACAUUAUCUGAGAAAAGAAACUACCAGGUGACAAACAGCAUGUUUGGUGCUUCAAGAAAGAAGUUUGUAGAGGGGGUCGACAGUGACUACCAUGACGAAAAUAUGUACUACAGCCAGUCUUCUAUGUUUCCACAUCGGUCAGAAAAAGAUAUGCUGGCAUCACCAUCUACAUCAAGUCAGCUGUCUCAGUUUGGGGCAAGUUUAUACGGGCAACAAAGUGCACUAGGCCUUCCAAUGAGGGGGAUGAGCAACAAUACCCCUCAGUUAAAUCGCAGCUUAUCACAAGGCACUCAGUUACCGAGCCACGUCACGCCAACAACAGGGGUACCAACAAUGUCACUUCACACGCCUCCAUCUCCAAGCAGGGGUAUUUUGCCUAUGAAUCCUAGGAAUAUGAUGAACCACUCCCAGGUUGGUCAGGGCAUUGGAAUUCCUAGCAGGACAAAUAGCAUGAGCAGUUCAGGGUUAGGUAGCCCCAACAGAAGCUCGCCAAGCAUUAUAUGUAUGCCAAAGCAACAGCCUUCUCGACAGCCUUUUACUGUGAACAGUAUGUCUGGAUUUGGAAUGAACAGGAAUCAGGCAUUUGGAAUGAAUAACUCCUUAUCAAGUAACAUUUUUAAUGGAACAGAUGGAAGUGAAAAUGUGACAGGAUUGGACCUUUCAGAUUUUCCAGCAUUAGCAGACCGAAACAGAAGGGAAGGAAGUGGUAACCCAACUCCAUUAAUAAACCCCUUGGCUGGAAGAGCUCCUUAUGUUGGAAUGGUAACAAAACCAGCAAAUGAGCAAUCCCAGGACUUCUCAAUACACAACGAAGACUUUCCAGCAUUACCUGGUUCCAGCUAUAAAGAUCCAACAUCAAGUAAUGAUGACAGUAAAUCUAAUUUGAAUACAUCUGGCAAGACAACUUCAAGUACAGAUGGACCCAAAUUCCCUGGAGAUAAAAGUUCAACAACACAAAAUAAUAACCAGCAGAAAAAAGGGAUCCAGGUGUUACCUGAUGGUCGGGUUACUAACAUUCCUCAAGGGAUGGUGACGGACCAGUUUGGAAUGAUUGGCCUGUUAACAUUUAUCAGGGCAGCAGAGACAGAUCCGGGAAUGGUACAUCUUGCAUUAGGAAGUGACUUGACAACAUUAGGCCUCAAUCUGAACUCUCCUGAAAAUCUCUACCCCAAAUUUGCAUCACCCUGGGCAUCUUCACCUUGUCGACCUCAAGACAUAGACUUCCAUGUUCCAUCUGAGUACUUAACGAACAUUCACAUUAGGGAUAAGCUGGCCGCAAUAAAACUUGGCCGAUAUGGAGAAGACCUUCUCUUCUAUCUCUAUUACAUGAAUGGAGGAGACGUAUUACAACUUCUAGCUGCAGUAGAGCUUUUUAACCGUGAUUGGAGAUACCACAAAGAAGAACGAGUAUGGAUUACCAGGGCACCAGGCAUGGAGCCAACAAUGAAAACCAAUACAUAUGAGAGGGGAACAUAUUACUUCUUUGACUGUCUUAACUGGAGGAAAGUAGCUAAGGAGUUCCAUUUGGAAUAUGACAAAUUAGAAGAACGGCCUCACCUGCCAUCCACCUUCAACUACAACCCUGCUCAGCAAGCCUUCUAAAAAAGACUUCCCUUUUCUUGGGCAGACAGACUUGGGUCUAUAAAGACAAGCAAGUACACUGACAGAAGUUUACCGUUUAGUUUCUAAAAUGUAAAAAAGAAAACCCACAAAAGACUCAACAAAAUUAGACCGCAAAAUUUGCAUUGUUCAUUGUAGCACUAUUGGUAAUAAAAUAACAAAUGUUUGUGCAUUUUUAUGUGAAGAUCCUUCUCGUAUUUCAUUUGGAAAGAUGAGCAAGGUCUGCUUCCUUCAUUUUACUUCCCCUUUUGUUUUUGAAAGGCAGUUUCGCCAAGCUUAACGCAAGAAUAUCUGACUGUUUAGAAGAAAGAGAUUGCCACAAUCUCUGGAUGGUUUCCAGGGUUGUGUUAUUACUGAGCUUCAUCUUUCCAGAAUGAGCAAAACACUGUCCAGUCUUUGUUACGAUUUUGUAAUAAAUGUGUACAUUUUUUUUAAAUUUUUGGACAUCACAUGAAUAAAGGUAUGUAUGUACGAAUGUGUAUAUAUUAUAUAUAUGACAUCUAUUUUGGAAAAUGUUUGCCCUGCUGUACCUCAUUUUUAGGAGGUGUGCAUGGAUGCAAUAUAUGAAAAUGGGACAUUCUGGAACUGCUGGUCAGGGGACUUUGUCGCCCUGUGCACUAAAGGGCCAGAUUUUCAGCAGCCAAGGACAUCCAUACCCAAGUGAAUGUGAUGGGACUUAAAGAAGUGAACUGAGACAAUUCACUCUGGCUGUUUGAACAGCAGCAUUUCAUAGGAAGAGAAUAAAAGAUCAAUCUUGUAUUUUCUGACCACAUAAAGGCUUCUUCUCUUUGUAAUAAAGUAGAAAAGCUCUCCUCA